UCAAUGAAUCGUUCAAGCUCUUCAAUGGAUUUUGAAUCAUCCAGCGUGUUAACAGACACACAAACAAAUUGUCCUCGAUUUCAAUCAAAUGAUUGAACAUUAUUUUUAAUAUUCUUAUUCAUUUUUUGUUUUGUAAAAUUCUGUCAUAUUUAUUUGCUUUAUCAGCAUGGAUUAACAAUCGUGGCAUAUUUGUUCAAUCAUCACUGAUUUUGCUAUUUUCAUACACUUUCAAUGUAUUAAAAGUACAGUAUAAUGUUAAAAAUCCACCACUAGUCAUUGUUGAUACCUAAGCAUACUGUAAAUCGUAUUGAUUGAUUCUGUAAUUAAUUUCAUAUCGCCUACUUUAAAUAGCCUGUUGUCUUCAAGUUUGAAGCGAUUUUUAAACCAACACAUUUUAAUAUUGUAUUGCAUGUUUUAUAUAUUUAUCUAACCCGUUUGUAUGCGAAUUUCCAUCGUCAAUAAACCAUCAUAAAUGACGUUUUUUUCCAAGUGACAUCGCGUCAAAAUGUUACAGGAUCUGUAAUCAUUAGGGAGAAAUAGGAUUGGCCAGAGGCAAAUGAUACAACAGGAUAAAUAAAUGUGCUUAGAAAUGUACGACGUUGUGCGCAAUAAGGAACGUGUCACCAUAGAAAUAGAAUCUAUAUUAGAAUUCCAUGCUCGUCACAAUGUCCAAUUAACAUACAUUUGAAUUCCUAAUUCUAUGUGUAUUACUCAGAGGUUAACUUAUUCACAAUCACAACCAGCCUACAGUAUAUCGAUAGCAAACGCGAAUUCUUCAUUCAAGUCAAUCAAAAAAUCGUAUAUUUUUUCCUGUUCUCAGUAAGGUAAGUAGGUUUUCCCAUAAUGAGAAGGACCGAUGUUGCACGCAUUCGACAUUUUCGAAAAACGCGUUACUUGGAUCAUAUCGAAUCUGUUAGCUAUACAACCAAUUUAUCGAUCAUCUAAGAUGACUUGCGUCCUCAUCAUAAUUAAGGUCUCAUUAAUCUAAUCUGCACUUUUAUUGUUUAUAUUGCAUGUUGUUGUUCUAUGUAAAGUAUAAUGUAUAUUAUUCCCAUUUAGAUAACUUUUUCCAGCAUUACUUUGAAAAAUACAGAUGUACUGCUGUAGACAUCUGGUUUUGGAUUCUGUGCUCAGUAACCCUCGCUCUUUCUUCAGCACUUUGGCCAACAAAAACAAAUAAUCAAAAAAGGGCUCAUCACUCUCCAUGGAGGAGCAGUUAGUUUGUGCCAUGAACCAAUUCAUAUCACUCUCUGCUUGCCACAUUCUAAAUGGUUAAGUCACUAAUUGAAGACUCUAUUGCAGAAAAUGCUCAAGAGGCAAUUCCGUACAUUGAAAGCCCAGGGAAGACUCCCACUGGACCUCCCUCUGAGACCAAUGAAGGCCUGGCUCCUGGCAGGGAAAAGAGUCUUCUUGGAACUUGGGAUGCAAAGAGGGGCCUGGAAUUACAGGAGACAGAGAGAGUUCUCCUGGUCAGUUGCCAGAGAGUUCAGGAUGAAUUAAGGAUGUCUGAUUUCACUGUGGACACGGCGCCCAACAAAGCCAUCCAGCUUCUGAAAGAGGAGUGUUGGAAGUUGAACUUCUUGCACCUAAAGGAUGAGACAUGCCAGGCCACUGAGCUCACUGAGCUGUAUGGACAUUCUGAGACCUCUUCAAAGGAAACUCUAAUUGAAGAGAAAAGUCCAAAGACCAAGUGCCCGUCCAGCGUCGCUGGGGCUGCUGACAUUGACAACACCAAUGAGGAGGCUUCAGAGGAGUCUCCGAAUAACAAUGUGGUGGACUUUCAGGAUGAGUCGCUGGCCCUGGUCAGUGUGGAGAAAGACGCUGCUGGAGAUGGAAAGGUCCUCAGCAAGGUGGUGAAGCCCAAAGGGUGUCUGAAGGAGAGCUGCAAAGAUCAGCUAACCCCAACAAUCUAUGAUAUGAUUACGGAACUACCAAAGUCCUAUUUCGGAUCCACUGAGAGCCUUCCUGAGAUGUGUAUCAGAGGUCCAAAGGUGUGCAGUGGAGUGCCUGAUGUGUCAAAUGCAGUGGGAGAGGUGUCCAGUGACACAAUGACGACUGAAGCUGCUGAAGACCUUCUGGACACUGGAAAUGUCCUGAGAAAGGUGGUGCAGCUAUCCACCGAGAGCCAUGCUGAGGUGUGCAAUGGAGAGGGUGAGUUGUGCAGCGGUCCUGAGGUGUGCAGCAGAGGUCCUGAGGUGUGCAGCGGAGGUCCUGAGGUGUGCAGCGGAGGUCCUGAGGUGUGCAGCGGAGGUCCUGAGGUGUGCAGCAGAGGUCCUGAGGUGUGCAGCGGAGGUCCUGAGGUGUGCAGCGGAGGUCCUGAGGUGUGCAGCAGAGGUCCUGAGGUGUGCAGUAGAGGUCCUGAGGUGUGCAGCGGAGGUCCUGAGGUGUGCAGUGGAGGUCCUGAGGUGUGCAGUGGAGGUCCUGAGGUGUGCGGCGGAGGUCCUGAGGUGUGCAGUGGAGGUCCUGAGGUGUGCAGUAGAGUCCCUGAGGUGUCAAACCCAGUGGAAGAGGUGUCCAGUGAUACAAAGACAGAGGCUGCUGAAGAACUUCGGGACACUGAAAAUGUCCUCAGCAAGGUGGUGAAAUCCAAAGGGUGGCUGAAGGAGGGCUGGGAAGAUCAGCUGACCAAAGACUUCAAUGAUAUGAUUGCAAGACUCCCAAAGUCCUAUUUUGGAUCCAACGAGAGCCUUCCUGAGGUGUUCAGCGGAGUGCCCGAGGUGUCGAACGCAGAGGAAGUGGUGCGCAGUGACACAAAGAAGCAGAAGAAAAAUGGCUUUCUACGAUUCUUCCGAUGUGUGUGGAAGUUCUUCACAUGCACCAACAGCCUCCCAAAAGAGGAGUGACUCAAGCACACACAACUCCAGGCAACACUUUCUCCACCAUCUCCCCCUUUCCUUCCAACUGGCUCUUUUUAAUAAUACAAAUAAAGGGGAUCUGAACUACAAC